UCCUCACAAGCUGGAAAGCGCGUUUAGCUCCUGCGGCGACCUUAACAGGUUAGGGUUUUGCUCUGAUCAUACUUUACUUCUUUCUUUUGCCACUCUAAGCUUGUCACUUUUCUUCCGAUCUAGUUAAUGUGAAUGUGGAUGUAUUGUGCUAUCUUUUGUUGACUGGUUGAUAACGGAGCAGAUACGCUGUUUGCUAUUAGUCAUGCGCCUGUUAGUGUGAAUUAUGAGCUGAUUUUGCGAUCGAGUGGUGAAAGUAUUGAUCUUUGGUCACCGUCCUGUGUUGGAAACAUGGCUGAUGGAACACAGCAUCCAUGUAUAUUACAGAAAAUCCAUGGGCAAUCUUACCUCUUUUCUAGGCUGUCCCCUGGCCUGCAUGCCAGGAAUUAUGGUGUGCAGAAUAUGACCAGUGGAUAUGUUACUGGAGGUUUGCAGGAAGCUUUGCCCUCAGGAUGCCAAGGCUCUCUUGCACUCUUUUCACCUUUAUCUCCGAUCUGUGUACAAGCUCCAGCUGAGAAAGGUGGAGCUGCAUUUAUGGUGGAUUUUCUCAUGGGAGGUGUUUCUGCUGCUGUUUCAAAGACAGCGGCUGCUCCAAUUGAAAGAGUUAAGCUUUUAAUUCAAAAUCAAGAUGAGAUGAUCAAGGCUGGCCGGUUGUCUGAACCAUACAAGGGCAUUUCUGACUGCUUUGCUAGAACCAUGAAGGAUGAAGGCAUCCUUUCUCUUUGGAGAGGCAACACAGCUAAUGUUAUUAGAUACUUUCCGACCCAGGCCCUGAACUUUGCUUUCAAGGAUUAUUUCAAGAGGCUGUUCAACUUUAAAAAAGACAGGGAUGGCUACUGGAAGUGGUUUGCGGGAAACUUAGCAUCUGGAGGUGCAGCUGGUGCUUCAUCUCUUCUAUUUGUUUAUUCUCUGGACUAUGCACGAACACGUUUGGCUAAUGAUUCCAAGGCUGCUAAAAAAGGUGGUGAAAGGCAGUUCAACGGUUUGAUUGAUGUUUACAAGAAAACCCUCAAAUCUGAUGGUAUCGCCGGGCUUUACCGAGGAUUCAACAUUUCAUGUGUUGGAAUUAUAGUGUACCGUGGUCUGUAUUUUGGAAUGUAUGAUUCUCUGAAACCAGUGGUUCUAAUUGACAAGUUGCAGGAUAGCUUCCUGGCUAGUUUCCUACUGGGAUGGGGAAUUACCAUAGGUGCUGGAUUAGCCUCUUACCCAAUUGAUACCGUGCGAAGAAGGAUGAUGAUGACCUCUGGGGAAGCGGUGAAGUACAAUAGCUCCUUGGAUUGUUUCCGUCAGGUGAUCAAGAAUGAGGGUCCUAAAUCACUUUUCAAGGGUGCUGGUGCCAACAUUCUCAGAGCUGUUGCAGGGGCUGGUGUGCUUGCUGGUUAUGACAAGCUGCAGGUAAUUAUGUUGGGUAAGAAAUAUGGGUCUGGUGGCGGCGGUUAACAUCAUGACCAUUAGAUUGAUGAUGACGAUCAGGAAAAUGGCAACUUGUAGGGUCUCUUAUAAUACCAAAAAACAUCUAUUUGAAUUUUGAAUGUUGUUAAUUGUGCUCCAUCUCUAGAAGCUGUAUUUCUUGGUGUGGUCCAUGUUUUGAGAGAAUAAUUCAAAAUGUUUUUUUCUUACAGUUAAUAUGCUUUUUUGAGAAUGCAGUGUUGUAUUAUGUAGGGAGUUUCCUAUGAAUGAUCUCCUGUAUGACUGAUGAAGUUGAAUAAGCUUGCUUCAAGAUUGAUUACCA